AUGGCGGCGUGGCCUCCCCUUGGCCCAGGCCCUCUUUCACCCAUCCCUGUCUUCCUGUCGGGUUCCUGGCCGCCAUACACCCUUUUCCCGCUCCCGCAGCGGCGGCUGUUUGAGAAGAAGCAGCGACGGAAGCGCCAAGAGGCCCUCAUGGUUCGGGCCAAUCUGGAUUCUUUCCUGUGGCCCCGGCGACCAUGGUGGCGGGAGAAACGCCUCUCGGGAGACAGGGGCCCCGGGAACCCUUUUCUUCAGGAGAACGUGCCAGAGGCACAUCUGCGCCCUGUUACCCACAGUGUCCUGGGCACUGUGAGCUGCUGUGGAGAUGGCAGUGGCGAGUGUGGCCCACUGGUAUCGCUGACAGAGGCAGACAGUUCCGAUCCGGAGUUGGAGGAAGUCUCUGUGGAGGAUGUUCUCGCCUCUUCACCUCCUUAUGAAGAGCCUCCGGGGACUCGACGCAGGGGUUGGCCAGCCCGCCAACGACCUGGGGGCAGUGCUGAGGAUGAGAGUGAAUUCCAGGAUGUUGGAGAUGAAUACGAGGUGCCUAGUCCGAGACCAAACCCUGGAAUGGAUGGUGAUGGGGGCCAUGGAGACUUGGCCUCCAACAAGGGAGAAGACCUGGAAGAGCAGAAUGAGGAGUCGGAGUCUACUGUGAGGAACUCCCCAGGGGCGGCCGGCGAGGAGGUGUCCGAAGCCUCGGAAGGCACGGGCAGCACGGGCAGCAGCGAUGCCGGGAGCUCGCCCCGCUGGCCUCCCCGCGCCCCAGGCCCUUGGCCGGGCAAGAACAUGGAAGCGUAUGUGCUGAGGCCUGCGCGGUGCGGUUGCACGGUGCAGUGUUGCAUCAGGCGUGACAAGCGCGGCGUAGACAAGGGCAUGUUCCCUUGCUACUAUCUCUACCUGGAGGUGCCCGACGGCCAGAAGUACUUCCUUUUGGCUGCGCGCAAGAGAAAAAGAAGCAAAACCUCUAGUUAUCUCAUCUCCCUGGACCCCACAGACAUAUCUCGGGAGGGAGACAAUUUUGUGGGUAAAGUCAGAUCUAAUGUCUUGGGCACGAAGUUCUCCAUCUUCGACAAUGGGGUGAAUCCUGAAAAGAAGAAUUUCUUCCCAGAGACUACUCGGAUCAGGAAGGAGCUGGGGGCUGUGUGUUAUGAGACCAACGUCUUGGGAUUCCGAGGGCCUCGGAAAAUGACUGUAAUCAUUCCAGGAAUUGACGCCCAAAACCAGAGAAUUAGCGUCCAGCCACAAAAUGAACAGGAGUCGCUACUGAGUCGCCUCCAACGGGGGGCCACCCAGGGGCUGGCCCUGCUGCAAAAUAAAGCCCCAUCGUGGAGCGACGACAGCGGCACCUAUGUGCUCGAUUUUCAUGGUCGCGUCACCCGGGCCUCAGUCAAGAACUUCCAGAUCGUGCAUCCGGAUGACCCGAACUACGUGGUGCUCCAGUUCGGCCGCGUAGCCCCAGACGCGUUCACCAUGGACUUCUGCUUCCCACUCUGCCCUCUCCAAGCCUUCGCCAUCUGCUUGUCCAUUUUCAAUGGGAAGCUGGCGUGUGAGUAAUUCAAUGAAAUAUUCCGAUCAGCUUCUGUGCCUGCUCAUUUGGACAAAGGGCCCCAACAUGCCUUCUUCUGCACCAGUUUACUAAUAACCCAUACUUAUUAGCCACCGCCUGGGUGCCUAGUACUAUGCUCUAGGGAGUGGGCUGUUUAGCAGCGCUUGCUUUCUGAAAUCACAGGCCGAUCAUGGGAGAUGGGCCUUAAACAACAAAAAAUCAGAAUGCUCGUCUGCUAUAAAGGAGGAAAGCACAUGGAGGCACAAACUGGCUGGGUCGAACAUCUCUAAAAAAAUGACUUUCAGACUGUAUCUGAAGAAUCUCAAGGAACUAGCUGAACCAGAGGGUUCAAGGAUAGGAACAUCAGGCAGUAGCUAUAGCUCCUACAAAGGUCUUAAGGUGGAAGGGGGCUUGGUCGGUUUGGGAAUGAAAUGAUAGUGUAGAGGAACUUGGGGAAACCAGUGCGGAGGGGGAGGGUAUGAGGCUGGACGGUGCAGGACAUUUGGGCCACUCUUGUUUGAACUGCUGAGAAUAGUUCCAAGCUGGAGAGGUAAAGUAGGGUGAGUAAGUAAAGGACAUGCCUGCACGUGAGAGAAUAAUUACAAUGCUAGCUAACACUUACAUAACAUUUGUUAUUUGAAGCAUUGUUUUAAAUAUGAACUCCUUUGGGCUGUUCAAUCUCAUAAGGUAUGUGCGAUUGUUAGCCAUGUGUUGUAGGUAAGGAAAUAGGGCUUAUAAAUGUGAAACGGGGCAGCUGAAAGCCUUGAGGAACUCACUACACCUGCCAGUAGGAGGAGUCUUUACAUUCCAGGAGGCACGGAAAUCUGGAGCUUAACACUUUCUGAGGGAUUAGUGAGUCCAGCUGCCAGCCCCCUUGGGGAGAUAACCAUCCCAAGUUUAACAAAAAUUUAGGCAGAAGCAAAAGAAAAACUGCUAAACCCACCAGCCCUUAGUUCAAUAGAAGCUUCACAAUGAAAAAAAGGCAAAUCCAAGAGAUGAUGGGGAAUGUAGUUUAUCCUCUAUUGAGGCACUCGCCUUUUGCUGUUCUUCCCAACUGUCUUGGGGACCCAGGAAUAGUGGAUGUUGUCAGUUCAGACACACAGAGACACUGCUCACGACAAGACUU